AUGGUGUUUCUCCAAAUCGGUCACGCGCCCCGGCCGUGUGUCACGCGCCUCGGCCGCGUCCCGCUGAGACCGACCAGAACCACGUGUUCAAAAAUGGUUCGCGUCCAGCGGCUGCUCGCUGUCAAUGAACUCGCCGCCGCCUCGGGAGGCUGCGUCCCAUUUCUACUUUUGAAGCUGCCUGCACACCGGUUCCGAGUGAAGGUUACACUCGUCCUCCCUGUGUUAUGCUCAGUCCUGUCUGCAGCAGCUAUGCAGCCGGCCAAAGAGAGGACACUUGUUUUAGAUGAUGAGGAAGAGGAGGAGGUGGAGGGUGUGACCAAAAAAAAGGAGGGGAAGAAGACGAGUCCAGGUCGGGUGGAUGCAGCCAGCACAGAGGUCCAACAAGCCCCCGGAGCCUCCACAGUGCCAGAGAGGCAUACGAGGACGCAGAUGAGGAGGGCGAAGAAGAAACUGAUAAAGAAGCAGCUCAAGGCGGCUGAUACUUUGGGUACUUUAAUGUCGGAGCUUCCGUUUUCUCUGACCAGCCCCACGUCAUGGAAAGAGCUCGGAUUCUCCAGCUCAAAGUCAGCCCAGACGGAGAGGAAGAGGGAGAGGAAGAGGAAGAGAGGAGACAACGGAGGACGAGUGGACAGUGAAGAGGAUGCUGAGAUGAAGAAGAAAAAGAGGGAGAGCCAACGACCCAACUACUUUGUCUCCAUCCCCAUCACCGACACACAGAUCAGUUCCGCUGUGCUCGAGGUCCAAGAGGCGGUGCUUCAGCAGGAGCCCCGAUUGGCCAGAGCCAUGAUCCCGGUGCCCACUCUCCACAUCACGCUGUUAGCCACUCACCUCGCCAGUCAGGAGCAAGUGGACCUGGCGGCAACCGUGCUGGCUCAGUUCGAGCCCUCAUUGGCUGAGCUCCUGGGUGGGCGGGACCUUGUGCUGCCCUUCUCGAGGAUCGGCCACUUCAGGAAGGAGGUGGUGUUUGUUGGACUGGCCCCCGGACAACACCGACGCACGCUGGACAGUGUGGCAGAGUUGCUGCGCAGCCAAUUUGAGGAGCGGGGUCUUCUGCAAGAAGGCAAUCGUGGGUUUGAACCCCACCUCACCAUCAUGAAGCUGUCCAGAGCAUCAAAGCUACGGUCCCAGGGUAUAAAGCGUGUGGACCCGGCCCUCUACUCCAACUACACAAGCAAGUGCUUCGGAGACCAGAUAGUCGAGCGGGUGGAUCUUUGUUCCAUGUUGAAAAAGAAGCAACGAGAUGGAUAUUACCACACUGAGACGUCACUACAACUUGAUUUGAACCCUCUCCAAGCCAAACGGUUAAGUGGGCGUCGCCGGUCUGAGCCCGACGAGGCGGAGCUCCUGAGGGUGAGCAGGCGAUUGGUCGAGGACGCCGUCCACCGCGCCGUGCAGCAGUACAAACAGGAAACUCUUCAGAACGGGGGCGGGCCCAACGCCACGUCACCGCAGCCCCCGGGAAACACCGAGGAGACGGCAGCGGCGAAGACGGACACUACCGCUUACGCCGCCGCAGACGGCAGGAAGUGACAUCGGACCGAGGUACCAGAGACUGACGAACCAGCCGCGCCAGAAAAAACGCCAGCCGGGCCGAACAAGGAGAGGGGUCACGGGGUCAUGGGGUCACGGGGCCCCUGGGCACAAAGCCUGAACUCGACACAAUGCUAUUCCAAUAGAGACUGUAGCUUGAGUUCAGGCGAACGCCCCAACAGGCCGACUGUUGGUCACGACCUCCUCCAGCUGUCGGUCUGCGUUUGCACUUCAGACCCAGAAACCAUGCGCGGCCCUCGUCUAGAGACACGCAUGUCACAUGUCACGUGUCACAUGUCACGUCUAGAGACACACAUGCGGGGCUCACUCUGACCUGCCACUAACAAACUGCCCUUUUCUUGAAUAAGAUGAAUCGUUCUGUGUCGAUUGUUCGGUUUGAUCAUCACCUGCACUUAAAAUGGGACCUGAUCAUCUUUAAAAAAAAAAAAAAAUGAAACUUUUCCUUAACUUUCUUAUUUGCGGGGAAGAAAAUAUUUUGCUUUUCCUUCAGCGUCGCCGUCUUGAUUGACAGAAGAUUCUGCUCAUCUUUGUGGUUGAAUGGGAUUCAGUGAAGAGAGCUGGCGUGACUGUGGUGUGACUGCGUUCUCCAAACUUCAGGAUGAGAUGCUGGUCUUUAGUCUGUGACAGAUUUUUGUCGUAUUUUGGGGCAAAUCUGGCUUCCAAAUUACUCUCUUUUUUUUUGAGCAACCUUUAAACUUCCAGCAUUUAAUUUGACUUCUCUCAUAAGGUGUCUUAUGACUGCAUCUUUGUCUUUUAUAGUGAUCUCAGCUGUGCUUUAAGGAGUAUACAUUGUUGUUUAAUUAACCCAAACGAGAGAAUCAUCACCUCCCGUGUUUUCAAACAGAAACUAACCUUUUGUUUUGAAGGACUCCUCUGUUGCUCCGCCAACUGCUCUCCCUGUGUCACUUUAACUCAUCUCCACUGAUAGCACUAACUUUACAAAAAACGACUAGGAGACAGUUCAUCGCCGACGCUAAAGAUAAAAUAACACUCCAACAAAACACUACAAGUUGUCACGAGAGCAUUUUCACUCCAUUAACGGCAAAACUUCCAUUAAUGCCCUGUGUGCUUCUCAAAUGAAAACUAUUAUUACUACUACCACGCACAGGCAUUAAUUACAUAACUCCUGCUUCCUGAUCAUUUAUGAAUGAAUUAGAUUUUUUGUUUACAUGCUAUAUCUAAUGAUUUUGAAGGCAGCAGCAACACGCGCACAUGGCUCGGUGGUCACUGGGAGUACUGAUGUGAAGGAGCUUUUAUUUUGUAGUCCUGCACGUCAGAGCGUUCACAGCCGAGCGAGUUCUUCUCUGAUGUCGGCGAGGUCGGGCUGGAAGCCCUCCGGCUCCGGAUCUCAGCGUCUUCCAUCCAUUUAUUUUGGUUCCAAAACCUUUUGAAAUCCAUUCAGAAAAACACCGUGUGACAAUUAGGGGGGAUUGUUUGAAUUGUUUUAAGGUUUUCAUUCUUUGAGGAUGACGAUGAUGAUGAUGAUGAUGAUGAUGAUGGAAAAAGCUCUUGAUUUGCUCUCUGAUAUUAAAUGUUAUUUUUUUAUCCUUUCUAACUAUUAUUUAUAAUGCGUUGCUGUCCCUCCCUGAAAUAAAUUAAUUUCAUGUGCAAAGAUAUUUUAUUGUGGGGGGAAAAAUGAGAAAAAAGAGGCGCUUUGUUUGCAAAAGCACAAUUUUUUUAAACCGUCUUUGUUUUGACUUUUUAAAGAGCAGGUAAAUCAAAUCACCUCUGUUCAGAGUGGCCUUAAGUCACGAGAAACAAACAGACGUAUCUGUAAGUGCUGAAAGAUGCAUAACUUACAUCGCCAUCUGUCUCGCCCGUGGAGGCUGUUUGGGGGAUGACGGCUUGUUUUGCGGAGAUAUUUUGCCUCUCGAUGUAAACCUGUGGAUUCUUUAAUUAAAUGUUAAAGAUCGGCCACCGCGAAACACAAUUCACCUACGUGUUAGAAGAUGGAUCCCUGCACCGUUGGCUCUUUGAAACGUCGAUAGCGGGUGAACUGUGUCGCGGUGGACCAGGAUCGUUUCUGUUUUGAUCUUUUAUUGUCACCUGGAUCCUUAAUCUCCUUAAAAUCCCCUUUAAUACACAAAUUGUCGUGUGUGUGUGUGUGUGUGUGUGUGUGUGUGUGUGUGUGUGUGUGUGUGUGUGUGUGUGUGUGUGUGUGUGUGUGUGUGUGUGUGUGUGUGUGUGUGUGUGUGUGUGUGUGUGUGUGUGUGUGUGUGUGUGUGUGUGUGUGUGUGUGAUGUUUGAUCAGUGGUUCUCCAGAGAAAUGAUUGUCUCUAUCAAUCAUGAAAACUCAGAUGUGUGUGUGUGUGUUCGAAUGUGUGUUUUCUGUUUGUCUUUCCAUCUGUCCGCGUGUGCGUGUGACCGCGCGGGUGUGUUAUUGUACCGUGUUGUGUAUCUUGUUCUGCCAUAUUUGAACAAUAAAACAGGAUAUGAGAUUCAAAACCAA